AUGAGCUCCGCGGUUGUAGAACAAUUUGUCCAGCUGUUUGAGCAGAAUUGCGCGGGAGCUUCUACCCUCUCAUUGGUACUCUUCGAGUAUGUCGUCACCUUCCCAGAAGAGGUUAACACCGUGUGGAGGCGGAAGUUUACGUGGACUUCGAUUCUGCUACUCUCAAUGCGCUGGAUAAUGGUACUGUCACAGGUGGCUGCAUGGUUCCCCAUGUCAGAGAAGACAUGUAAUCCUUACUCUGUGGUCCUUGCUGUGCUAAACAACAUCGCAUACGCCCAAGUCGCUCUAUUCACCGCCCACAGGAUUUCGUCGAUCUGGAGUCAAACGUGUCACUGCAAGCCGCUGUUUUUCGUCGUGUUGAUCCUGGGCUGCGUACCAAUCGCGUCGAACAUCGUCCUCUACUUCAACUGGACUGUGAUAUAUACUGGAGCACCGUUCUUUAUCUGUACAACAUUCAACAACCUCAGCGGGGGUGUCGGUCUGGCAGGUACAGCAGCCGUCCUCCGACCUCUCUCCGUGAAAAUCGCUGACUAUGCCAUCGUGCUAAUAUUCACCGUUGCGCGAACGUUCCACAUGCUCAGACAUCAGCGGUAUGCAAAUAUUGCUCGGCCAUCGCUGACACAAUGUCUCGUGCGCGAUGGUACUCUGUAUCUCCUGGCGAUGCUCUCCCUCAAUAUCGCCCAGAUGGCUACCUCCGCAACGCCGGGCGAUAUCGUCCUCAUAUUCCUUCAGCCUAUGCCGCUCCUCCUCGCGAGCCGCUUCACGCUCAACCUCCGCAUGGUCGGCGCCGAUCGUGACCCGACGGCGUUGGACAUGGGCGGCGUGUCUGGCCUGUCAACGAGCGCCCGCACGCCAUCGACACUCAUAUUUCGCGAUCUGGCACAGCCACUCCGCCAUAACCAGAUGGAGAGUUUCCUCUGGGAAGAUGAUAACGCUGAAGUGGAGAUUCGUGGUGAGUAG